UGUAUUUUCUUGUAUCAUUAAAAAAAUAUAUAUAUCUUUUUUGUGAAUCAAUAUAUAGAAUUUGUUUUCACGAUCAUACAUCCUUCCUAAAGAUACACUUUAUAGCUUCACGGGACGCGAUAAUUUAAGUGCAUUGCAGUGAAAAGAAAAUGGGGAAUCUUGUGUGUUGUGUGCAAGUUGAUCAAUCUCAAGUGGCUAUGAAAGAAGGUUUUGGAAAAUUUGAAAAGGUGCUUCAGCCGGGAUGCCAUUGCAUGCCAUGGUUCCUUGGAAAAAGAAUUGCUGGUCAUCUCUCUCUUCGGGUACAACAAUUGGAUAUCAAAUGUGAGACCAAGACAAAGGAUAACGUCUUUGUCAAUGUUGUUGCUUCUAUUCAAUACCGGGCCUUGGCAGACAAGGCGAAUGAUGCAUUUUACAAACUUAGCAACACAAGAAACCAAAUUCAAGCUUAUGUUUUUGAUGUAAUUAGGGCAAGUGUUCCAAAACUCAACUUGGAUGAUACUUUUGAGCAGAAAAAUGAAAUUGCAAAAGCUGUGGAAGAAGAACUUGAGAAGGCUAUGUCAGCUUAUGGAUAUGAAAUUGUUCAAACACUGAUUACUGAUAUAGAGCCAGAUGUCCAUGUGAAGCGGGCUAUGAAUGAAAUCAAUGCAGCUGCAAGAAUGAGGUUGGCAGCUAAAGAGAAGGCUGAAGCAGAGAAAAUCUUGCAAAUUAAGCGAGCCGAGGGUGAGGCUGAGUCUAAAUAUCUCUCUGGGUUGGGUAUUGCUCGCCAGCGUCAAGCGAUUGUGGAUGGUUUGAGAGACAGUGUGAUUGGAUUUUCAGUUAAUGUACCAGGGACGACUGCAAAAGAUGUCAUGGAUAUGGUCCUUGUCACUCAAUACUUUGACACUAUGAAAGAAAUUGGUGCUGCCUCCAAGUCUUCUGCUGUGUUCAUUCCACAUGGACCUGGUGCUGUUCGUGAUGUAGCUAGCCAAAUUCGUGAUGGACUUCUCCAGGGUUCUCUAUCUCAUCAGUAACUUCUACUCCUCCUGCUUCAUAUCUGAUUUAUGUGGGGGUGUGGUGAUUUUAUAGUGCUUGUGGUUGUAACGCUUCAGUAUGUUAUAUUAUUUAGUACACUGGAAAGUUGAUCCUCCAAAUAUUUCGGCAUCGGUAUAUCAGUCUUGCAAAAAAUAAAUGUCAUUAAGUUAAUCCUUCAAUGAUUUAAAACAAGGGUCAUUGGGGCACUGGUUAAGGAAGCCAAAAGAAGAAAUUAAAAAUAAAAAGAUAUUUUUUAUACUUUUAAUGCAUUGAUUACAGAACUUCCAAUGCAAAUAUUACUAUAUUUGCUUCCUUAACCAAUGUCCGGGGGCAUCGAUUAACAUUUUCCUUAAAACAAUUAUCACAUUUUCUCGAGGAAAAUGGUGAUGCCAAUUAAAAUUUGGUAAAUGUUGUGUGUUUUAAAUGGAUUUAUUGAUGAUAAAUUCUUUGGAGGAUGAUUUAAAGGAAUUACUCUUGUUUUAUACUUCCAGUUUGCAACUCUUAAUAUAGAUAUGAGUUUUCUACA